GGGAGAGGGGAAGAGAGGAGAAAUGUGAGCACUGGGAGAGAGAUCCCACCUACUUGGAGGCAGCGUCUCACCAGGCAGUGUGUGAGCACUUGUGCCAGCACCCAAGUUUCAGUGACUCAUUCUGAUUCAGUGCUGGCAGGUACAGGACCGGCUCCCGCUGCGGGAGGAGCCGAGGGAGCAUUCAGCUCAGCGACAACUUACUCAUCGCCUCCCGUGUGCAAGGCGGGAGCACGGAGACAGCACUGGCCUACGAGGAGGCCUCCCCACGCCUCUCCCAGCCAGGCUCCAAGGGGGUCCUUUCUCCCUCCAGACCGGCAGGCUCAACUGUCAUUCAGAGCGCCCUCAGAAUGCAGUUUGUGUGGAGCUGCUACUAUACUACCUCCCCGUCCUCCCUCCCUAGGGUUAAGUUUACCAACCGCAGCACAUGCAGAGCUCCGAGUUCCACUGGCUGCACUGAGGCCUGGAAACCACAGAGGGACGUGUCCGCUGAUGGAGGACUCUGAGAAGAAGCUGAACCAGAAGAGCGACGGCAAGCCCCGGAAGGUCCGAUUCAAAAUCUCUUCCUCCUACAGCGGCCGAGUGCUGAAGCAGGUCUUCGAAGAUGGGCAGGAAUUAGAAUCGCCAAAGGAGGAAUACCCUCACAGUUUUCUCCAAGAGUCCCUGGAACCCAUGGAUGGUGUUUACGGGUCUGGGGAAGCCCCCAAGCCCCGGUCCUACUCCCCUAAGCUGACUGCUCAAAGGAUCAGUGUGUUCAGAGAGGGCAAUGCCUACACGUUGGCGGGCAGCCAGCCUUUCUUCAACGAUUUCAAGGCAAAUGACCAUAAGUCCCCACCUAUUAUAGAUUUUGGAAAGAUAAUCAUCUACACGAAUAACCUGAAAAUCAUUCGAACCCCAAUGGACAAGAGAGAUUUCAUGAGGAAAAUUCUCCAGAAGGAAGAGGAGAUUGAAGAAGAGGCUCUGAUGACCAAAGAGGAAAUCUAUGGAGAUAGCGACCAGAACAACGGGCCUUUGGCGGAGACAGAAAACACGUUCCCCCACAACCAGUACCCCCAGGAAGGGGAGCUACCAGAUGACAACUGCUUUCACUGCCGAGGCUCGGGCAGUGCCACCUGUUCUCUGUGCCACGGCAGCAAGUUCUCCAUGCUGGCCAACAGAUUUAAGGAGUCCUACCGGGCCCUGCGAUGCCCUGCCUGCAACGAGAACGGCCUGCAGCCCUGCCAGAUUUGCAAUCAAUAGCCCACGGCUUUGAAUGUUGGCUUUUAUCGCACCCUCUCUAACGCUGUUUCUAAUAAAUUGCCCCCACCCUCCAUCUCCCAGCACAGAAGCCGCAGUGGCUGCGCUCGCUUCCACCGCUGGCAAAACACAACAACCCUCCUCCGUUACUUGACGACAUUUCACAAGGCUAGUCAUAUCUCCAUGUGGGUCUAAGUGGCAGAGGCAUUUUCGAAUUACAGUGGGCUUUGAAACUGGUUCUAAAAUGAUCCUUCCAGGAAUGUGUGCGUGCAUUUCCAUUGCCUGAGCUCAAUUUUCUCCUUGCACUAGUGAACCAAUGAAGGCCCCUUUCAGGCAGCAGGGUGAAGUCAUUUUCUGGCUGGGAGUGAUUUUGCAAACUUAUGCAGUGAGGAGGGAAUGAAAAAGGCAGGUUUCUGAUGAGCUGAAUUCCUGUUGCUUAGAAUGCAUCGCAAAGUGUCAUUGGUCAAAUUGAAAUUUUAAUUAAUCGGAAGGAAGGGAUGCCCAAUGGCCCCAGUGCACUUAGCAGGCCGCUGAAAACAAAAUGGUAGGUCCAGCAGGUCCACGCUUUGUGCUGAAGAUAGGCUGGCGGAGGAGGCAUUUCUUUCAAAGCCCCCAGUCCCUCCUGUGAGAUGGGCGUGGGUGAGCCCCAGGCAGGUGACAGCAGUGCUCCUUAGGAUAAGAUGAGACCAGACAUGCCUGUGUACCUCCUAACUACUGAGGAUAGAAGCCAAGUGAAAGCUUUCUGUGAUCAAUUUGGUGCUUGAGUACCUGUGAGUGAUAUCACUUCUUCCCUGAAUUAUUCCCAAAUAAAUCUGUUUUCAGUGUAAGAUAGCCACAAGCUCCUCAUAGAAGACUGCAUGUUUUCUAGGCAUCUACAGAAAGCCUUGAAAAGAGAAACCAACCAAGGCCGAUUUUUAGCAAUUAUCUUUCUGCUGUCUGUGAAUACACACACAAAGGAUCAAUCUUUCCUCUUCAACUUGGUAUAAAAUUAGAAACAUGCUUUUGUUAAUGGACUUUGUAGCCCAGUCCCCUUGAAAUAACACUGUAAAAUCUGUUAUCUAUUGAGAUGCAUUGCUUUUCUAUGAUAGUUAUUUGGAUUUUCAUAAAAUUUUUUCAAGAUUUGUUUGUUAGCCUGUGAUAUCCAGCUAUUAAAACUCACCAGUGGAAUAUAGCACUUUUCAGGCACUAGAAACACUUCUAAUAAAAAGAUUAAAAUAUU